AUGAGCAAGCCCGCGCCAGCAUUGGAGAUGCCCUCGGCGCCGCGGACCAAAGGUCCACGGCCUGUCCUCGACUCGCUCGACGUGCACGACCUUGACCGCCAGCCCGACCAUCAGUCGACACUCGCAGAAUAUGACUCUCGCUUGACCGCACCGGCGACGCUACGUCCAGCUUCCGCGCGAAAUCUUUCAGGCAACCCGCAGCCCGAGCACGUGAACGGUGCCGCAAAGAGCCCGGCACUUAACGGGUCUCAUCGAAACGACAGGCCACAGCUUCCGCGGGCGAGGAGCGACGCUGGCCCUCGCCGUGAAGAGAAACAAGAUGACGACUCGAAAAGCAGCGUCGAUGGGGGGGAUUGGAAGAUCAGGCAUGGAUUUGACACCCAGUUGACGUCUGAGGAGUAUCAGAAUCUCCUUAAUUCGUCCUUCUUCAUGUAUUAUACCGAUAAGAAGCACGAGACGGGAGGGAAUCCAAAGGAAAACACUUACCCGCUACAAGAGUGGCGCAUGCGGGAUCGCUUAAAGACAGUCUCGGCGGCUCUGGCACUGUGUCUCAACAUCGGCGUCGAUCCGCCUGAUGUCAUCAAGACGAAUCCUUGCGCCAAGCUCGAAUGCUGGAUCGAUCCUACAAGUUCGGCUGGAACGUCCGGACACACACCGAUGAACCAGAUCGGCAAGGCGCUGCAGACACAGUAUGAACAGCUGAGCAUGCGCACCCGGUACAAGCAAUGUCUCGAUCCAACAGUUGAUGAGCUACGGAGAUACUGCUCAACCCUUCGGAGAAAUGCCAGGAAUGAACGUGUUCUAUUCCACUACAACGGCCACGGCGUGCCGAAGCCGACGGCAUCCGGAGAGAUAUGGGUGUUCAACAGAAAUUAUACCCAGUAUAUUCCAAUUUCCCUCUAUGAUCUGCAAAGCUGGCUCGGCGCCCCUAGUUUAUUUGUAUACGACUGUUCCGAUGCCGAGGUCAUCAUACAGAACUGGAACAGGUUCGCUACAAGGCACGCAGAGGAGUACGAGGAACUUCUUCGACGAGAUCCUAACGCAGAAGUCAUGGAUUUCGAGGACUGCAUCCACCUCGCAGCCUGUAAAGAGAAGGAAACACUACCGACAAAUCCUGAUCUGCCCGCAGAUGUCUUCACGUCCUGUCUGACGACCCCCAUUGAGAUGGCGGUGAGGUUCUUCAUACUUCAGAACCCUCUGCCGAGCGGCGUGACGCUUAACGACGCGGCAAAUAUUCCAGGCCGGGUUUCUGAGCGAAGGACGCCUAUCGGAGAACUCAACUGGAUCUUUACGGCAAUCACGGACACCAUCGCUUGGAACAUGCUCGACAAGCCUACUUUUAAGAAGCUCUUCCGCCAAGAUCUUAUGGUCGCAGCUCUUUUCCGCAAUUUCCUCUUGGCGCAACGAAUCAUGCGGGUUUACCAUUGCCAUCCGCAAUGUUAUCCGAACAUACCUCAAACGCAUAACCAUCCACUAUGGCGCAGCUGGGACCUUGCUGUGGAGAUGAUCCUAGCUCAGUUGCCCGACCUCCUUGCCGCGGACAAAGGCGAGAAGCAGUACGAGUAUCAGCACAGUAACUUCUUCACCGAGCAGCUUACGGCCUUUGAGGUGUACCUAGGCCAAGGUGCUGUUGAGCAAAAGAUUCCAGAGCAGCUGCCGAUCGUGUUGCAGGUCCUCUUGAGUCAGGUCCACCGCCUCAGAGCACUUAUACUUCUUAGCAAGUUCCUCGACCUCGGCCCUUGGGCUGUCAACCUUGCUCUGAGCAUCGGCAUAUUUCCAUAUGUUCUGAAGCUCUUGCAGUCACAGGCAAUUGAGCUGAAGCCUGUUAUGGUCUUUAUUUGGGCCCGCAUUCUGGCCGUGGAUCAGUCCUGCCAGGCUGACCUGCUGAAAGACAAUGGCUACCAGUACUUCAUCAACAUUCUAAGCCCCAGUUCCGGCAUGCCUAUCGGAAACGUUAGUGAGCAUCGUGCUAUGUGCGCUUUCAUCGUAGCAGUCUUUUGCAAAGAUUUCCACCAAGGACAAGUCGUGUCUUUAAGUCGCGAGCUCAUCGAGAGCUGUCUAGGCCAUCUUAAUGACCUUCAAAACCCGCUACUCCGACAAUGGUCAUGUCUCUGCCUGAGCAUGCUCUGGGUCGGUUACCCAGAGGCCAAGUGGAUGGCAAUUCGAUGCCUUGCCCAUCAACGGCUCUGUGAUCUGGUCCUCGACCCCGUGCCAGAGGUUCGAGCAGCGAUGCUGCAUGCGCUUACUACUUUCCUUGGCAUUCCUGAUCUGACGGCCCAGGUCGCACACACCGAAGAGUCGAUUGCCGCCAUGGUUCUCACGAUGACGACAGAUGGUAAUAGCAUGGUGCGAAAGGAACUCCUUGUGUUUUACUCGACGUUCAUCGCUAGAUACAAGAACAAGUUCAUUGUGACAGCAUUCGGCCAGUUGCGAGAAGAGCUGGAAGCAGCGACCAAACCGUCUGCGGAUCAGAUCAAUGAAAAGCAGGCAGAUGGUCUCUACAUGAAGCCACGCAUCAAGACUGUGGAGGAGCCUGAGGAUGAAGCAUCUCACUUCCUCUCGCACAACACCGUCUUUUCUGCCAUUUGGAAGCAGGUUCUCGUGAUGUCGGUCGAUCCGCAUCCCGAAAUCGCCCGAGAUGCCAGCAUUGUAAUCGACAGCGUUCUCAAUACGGUUGUUCAAUCACCGUUAGCUUCGCCCGCUCAAGCACUCAUGGACCAGAUAAUGCAGGUCAGCGGGCAGACAACCGUAACACGUACGCCUCACGGUGAUGGCGCGCAAACACCUCACAAUGCCUCUCAACCAUCGACACCGCCUACGCCAAGCAAAGAGGAAGGCUACCUCUCAGCUGGCAUGAGACGCACUGCCAGCGUUGCUGGUGCGCUUAAGAACUUGGUUCUCGGCGAUGGAACCAGUCAUGACAACACCCCCACAGGAUCACUCAAAAGCCCCGCAAAGACACAGGCGCCUCCUGACCGCUCCCGUCCCCGUCUACCGGACGCAUGGCAUAAGCCCCCCGAGGCUGAGGACUACAGUCCUACAAUUACAACCUCACACACUCCCAGCACGGAGCCCAGACCCCGCGGUUUCAAGCCACGUGAUCUGAGAAAGGAACCGGCUAUUCCUCUCAUAAGCAGAUUCUAUGACUGGUCGGUGGAGUACUUCCGUGAGCCGCAGAUGAAACCUAGCGAGGCGGACGAGCCUGGCAGCACCGAUUACAACAUGCGGCUGUGGCGACGAAAUCGAAACGAUAAGAUCAUUGCGGAUACGCAACCUCAGAAAGAGAUCGCGGGCAGCAACAGAUGGGAUAAGCCAAAGGGCUUCUUCAGCAACGGAACUCAGCCGUAUAAGAUGUGCUUUCAUCAGUUCGAGGAUCACCUUGUCGUCGCCGAUGACAAGGACAGUAUCUGCGUUUGGGACUGGAACAAGUCCAACCGCCUCAACCGCUUCUCCAACGGCAACCCCCACGGCUCCCACGUCACCGAGGUCCGCUUCGUCAACGAAGACGACCAAGCGCUGCUUAUGACCGGCUCGUCUGACGGCGUGAUCAAGAUCUUCCGCAACUACGAGCAGAACAAGAAAGCCGAACUAGUCACUGCUUUCCGCGCGCUCACCGAUCUCGUACCAAGCACGCGCAAUGCCGGCCUGGUAUUCGACUGGCAGCAGUCACGUGGCCACCUACUCGUUGCUGGAGACGUCAAGGUCAUUCGCGUGUGGAACGCUGGCACUGAGAUCUGCACGAUGGACAUUCCUGCGCGGUCGGGCUCAUGCAUCACGUCCCUCACUUCCGACCAAGUCGAGGGCAAUGUCUUCAUCGCUGGUUUUGGCGACGGUGCGGUCCGAGUGUAUGACCAGCGUCAUAGGCCCGCAGAGUCCUGCGUCAAGGUCUGGAAAGAGCACAAGCAGUGGGUCACCAAUGUGCAUCUUCAGCGCGGUGGGCAGCGGGAAUUGGUGACCGGUUGCCGCAGCGGCGAGGUCAAGCUAUGGGACAUCAGGCUCAAUGCGAGUGUGAAAACGCAUCGGGCUACAAAAGAUACACUGCGCACGCUCACGGUGCAUGAGCACGCGCCUGUCUUCGCGGCGGGCACCGACCGCCACCACGUCAAACUCUACAACCUCGUCACAGGCACCCAUCUCUCCUCAUUCGAGCCCUACUCCUCAUUCCUGCACCAGAACCGCAGCGCCGCCAUCGCAACGACGGCGUUCCAUCCGCACCGCAUGAUGAUUGCCGGAGCCUCGCAGCACGACACACAUGUCAACAUCUUUGCGGUCCAGGACGGGAAGAAGGAAGGGGUUGUUGAGACGUACUAA